AUGGACUCGUCCAAGGAGCACCUGUUCGUGUUCUCGAACCCAAAGGCAGGGAUGGACGACGUUGACCGGUCUACGAUCAACCAGACGAUCUACGACAUGUCGAAAGACUCUGCGUUCUUCAAGAACUCGGUCGACAAGGACGGUAUAGUGGACAAGAAGAUCGCGGCCAUGCGAGUGCAAUUGGGCGUCAAGCGUCGUCACAACUUGGUCACUGACGUCGACCAACGCGUGGCAGCCUUGGAGGCCAGCCGCGACUUCUCCCGCGUGCACGUCGUCGUGGACAUGGACAUGUUCUUCGCUGCCGUCGAAAUGCGCGACAAUCCAUCGUUAGCCAACGUUCCCAUGGCUGUCGGGGGCAUGGGCAUGAUCUGCACGGCCAACUACGCGGCGCGCAAGUUUGGGGUGCGCGCCGCCAUGCCUGGCUUUAUCGCGAAAAAGCUGUGCCCAGCCCUCGUGUUUGUGCCUCCACAUAUUGCCAAAUACGAGGCUGUGGCCCACCAAACUCGAGAUAUAUUUCGCCAGUUUGAUCCCCAUUUUACCGCUGGCAGCUUGGAUGAGGCUUACUUGGAUAUUACAGACUUCAUCGAUGCGUCAACUGCUAAGUCCACCGCCCCCCCGUUGUCGCCAGCCUCUCCAUCUUCUAUGCUAGCCGCCCAACCUUUUUAUUUUACGAAUGAGACCAGCGUCGAGGACAAGGCGGCGGCGGUCGUCCAAGCGCUACGACAUCGCAUAUUUGAGGUCACACAGCUCACUGCCAGUGCCGGCAUCGCAGCCACCCCCCAACUGGCCAAGGUGUGCUCGGACAUCAACAAACCCAACGGCCAAUACUACGUGCUACCGUUCAACCGCCAAGCGGUGGUCAAAUUUUGUCAUCAUUUACCAGUGCGCAAGUUUGGCGGCAUUGGCAAAGUGAAAGAGAAAUUGCUGGCACAGUUGCUGAGUAUAUCCACUGGAGGCGACUUGUUUGCAAGGCGGUACGAUCUAUUUCACUUGUUUUCAGAGACGACGGCGCAGUGGCUGCUGCAGUUGAGUGUCGGGAGCUCCACUGGUUCGUCUGGUGGCAACGACGAGGACACGCCAACUCGGAAAAGUGUCAGUGCCUUUUGA